AUGAGUGAAGAAGUGGAAAUGAAAGUCGACCCUUCCAGAGCUGCCGCUCUGAUCUCCCAACUGGGGAGCGUCAGUGAGCGCAUUGCCGCCGUUGCCAAGGGCAGAAAGGUCCGCCUCGUCGCCGUCUCAAAGCUCAAGCCGGCAAAUGACAUUCUGGCAUUGACGCAACCACCAACAGCACACUUACACUUUGGAGAGAAUUAUGCUCAAGAGCUGACCCAGAAGGCGGAGCUCUUGCCCAAGAGCAUUGAAUGGCACUUUAUCGGCGGCUUGCAAUCUGGCCACUGCAAGAGCUUGGCCAAGAUACCCAACCUCUUCUGCGUCUCCAGCGUGGAUACCGCCAAAAAGGCGCAACUCCUGGAUGAGCACCGCGGCAAGCUGAUCUCGUCGGCCUACCCGGCGUCGCCCGUGCCCAAGCUCAACAUUCACAUCCAGGUCAACACGUCUGGCGAGGAGUCCAAGUCGGGAUGCGCACCCGGUGCCGACACGGUGGCUCUUUGCAAGCUCGUUAUUGAAGAGUGCCCAAACCUCAACCUCCUUGGCCUCAUGACCAUUGGCGCCAUUGCCCGCAGCAAGGAGACCACGCCCGAGAACGAGAAUGAGGACUUUGUCUGUCUCAGGGAGCAGAGGGACUUGGUUGUCAAGGAGCUCGGUCUGGAGGGUAAGAAGGAGCUGGAGCUGAGCAUGGGUAUGAGUGAGGACUAUGAGGGCGCCAUUGCCAUGGGAUCCAGUGAAGUGCGUGUAGGUAGCACAAUCUUUGGAGUCAGAGGUCCAAAGAGCGAGGCAAAGAUUACCGUGUAG